UUUGUCAGCUGUCAUUGACUAUUGACUGCAAUUAAAUAAAUAAAUGUGCUAGAAAAAUGCCAAUUAUUGUUAAAGAUUUCACGUGGACACAAACAACCCAAGCGUUGAACAUACGAAUACCAAUCAGCCCGGUAAAACAUGAAAAAGUUGAUAUUUUCACCACCGACUCUUACAUCAAGGCGAACUACAACCCUUUUCUAUUCGAAAUAUUUUUAUUACACGACGUGGACAGCUCUAAAGGUAAAUGUGUCGUUCAGGAAGAUAUUAUCGUUAUUGAUUUGGUCAAAAGGGAGCAAGUUGAAUGGGAAAGCCUAGAGAAAGAGCUCACUAAAGAAGAAAAAAUGAAACUGAGGCAAGAAAUCCUGGAAGAAUGCCAAGAAAAAGCUAAGCAAGAGUCUGAAGACAAGAGGAUUAAAAAGAGUCAGUUAGAUCGUUUCACUGUUCAACGGGCUAUGGAAAUUGAUGAGAAGCAACAUAAAUUGAUGGAUUCUAGAAGAGACGAGCAGAGGAAGCAAGCUAUGAACGCUUUGGAAGACUGGAGGGUGACCAAUGUAAAUAAAGACAGUAUUCCAAAUCAGAAAGAACUGCCGAUACCUUAUAGAAUCUUAGAUACUCAUCAUAAAACUAAAUCUGGGUUUAAAAUAGUUGAGCUGCCUGACAAUGACGUGGAUGAUAAAGAAAAGAACAUUACCAAAGACUCGAACUUAGCUAAACAACAAAAACUAGCGCCUAGACCUCCACCUAAAGCUCUUGUUAAAUCAGAGUAUGUUGAGAAGAAAAAGAAAGAGGCAUCAGUUAGGGUGCUACCGCGGCUCAGGGAAACAGCUCAGCUGGAAGUCACUCACACGCCAAGAACAUUCCCUACUCCUAGCAGGGAGUCGACAGCACAGGAAGAGGAGGCGUGGAUUAAAAAUAUAACAUUAGCAAGAAGAGCGACAGGCUUCGUAUCCGAAGACCUUCGGCCCGAGGAGCAGGACCCGCAGUGGUGCAAAGAGAAGGGCGACGAGUUCUUCCGCAGCGGCAACUUUCUGGGCGCGAUUAGUGCGUACACCCACGGCAUCAGGCUGUCCGACAAGUUGCCGAGCUUGUUCGCCAACAGGGCCGCCACGCAUUUCGCUCUCGGCAAUUUCAAUAAAUGUAUAAACGACUGCUCGACAGCACUGGAUUUGAUGAAGCCAGCAUGCGAGGGCAAUCGCCGCAGCCGCGCCAAGUGCAUCGCGAGGCGCGCGGCGGCGCUGGCGCGCGUCGGUUGGCUCAACAAAGCUAUUGAUGAGAUGAAGGCCGCUUCCAAGCUGCUGCCCGAUGAUGAGAAGAUAAAGAAGGACGUGUACGAUAUGGAGCGCGCGUGGGAGCAGAAUCCAGACUCGGAUUAAGCCUAGCCGCAGACUACAGAAGACAUUUUGUCGGCUGAUAAAUCAGUAUGAACAUGUAUGAAAGUGCGCACAUUGGUAUCGGCCGAUUCUGCAUACAAAUAAGAAUCGGGCCCAACUGAUAGACCUCCAAUGGGAUUGUGGAGACUGAGGGCUGCUCUGGAGUCCGAUCAUAAUUUAUGGUCGUAAGUACGUAAAUUGUGCUCAUUUGCUGAAAGAUUCUCUUCUCUUCUUUAGGAAACGCUUCACGAUACUGUAUCAUGUUUACUGGAUCAUCAUUGAACAUUGGAUAAGGUACUGCAUGCAGCGGCAAAACAUCAGAAAAAGGCGAAGAAUGAGGGCAUAUUGUAUACACGGUCAUAUUUUAAUUUGAGCCUAGACUUAAAUAAAUCUAUUUGCUGCAAUUUUUUUUUAUUUGCUGAUGAGAAGGUAUUUUGAAUUUAUCUUUACUGUAUCUGCAAAUUGAAAGUAGAACGAAAAUUGAUCUGAGGGGGGCAAUUCUUGCAAUAGAGAUCGUAUCGAAAUUUGGAUUAAUUACUUUGAAAAUAAACUUCAAUCCAAAU